AUGUCGUGGCUCUUCGGCAUCAAGGGCUCCAAGGGCGAGGGCGCGGGGCCGCCGCUGCCCCUGCCUCCCGGGCAGCCCGGGCCCGAGGGCGGCGGGGAGCGCGGCGCGGGGGACCGGUCGGCGCCCAAGGACAAAUGGAGCAACUUCGACCCGACGGGCCUGGAGCGCGCGGCCAAGGCGGCGCGCGAGCUGGAGCACUCGCGUCAUGCCAAGGAGGCCCUGAGCCUGGCACAGAUGCAGGAGCAGACGCUGCAACUAGAACAACAGUCCAAGCUCAAGGAAUACGAAGCCGCCGUGGAGCAGCUGAAGAGCGAGCAGCUCCGUGUGCAGGCCGAAGAGCGCAGGAAGACGCUGAGUGAGGAGACGCGCCAGCACCAGGCUAGGGCCCAGUACCAGGACAAGCUAGCCCGGCAGCGCUACGACGACCAGCUGAAGCAGCAGCAACUCAUCAACGAGGAGAACUUGCGGAAGCAGGAGGAGUCAGUGCAGAAGCAGGAGGCCAUGCGCAGAGCCACGGUGGAGCGGGAGAUGGAGCUGCGGCACAAGAACGAGAUGCUGCGAGUGGAGGCCGAGGCGCGGGCCCGGGCCAAGGCAGACCGUGAGAACGCAGACAUCAUACGCGAGCAGAUCCGCCUGCGGGCCGCUGAGCACCGGCAGACGGUGCUGGAGUCCAUCCAAACAGCUGGAACCCUGUUUGGUGAGGGCUUCCGGGCCUUUGUGACGGACUGGGACAAAGUGACGGCCACGGUGGCUGGGCUGACCCUGCUGGCAGUCGGUGUCUAUUCUGCCAAGAACGCCACGGCCGUUGCUGGGCGCUACGUGGAGGCGCGGCUGGGGAAGCCGUCUCUAGUGAGGGAGACAUCCCGGGUCACUGUGCUCGAGGCUCUGCGGCAUCCGAUACAGGUCACCAGGCGGCUCUUCAGUAAACCUCAGGAUGCAUUGGAGGGUGUUGUCCUCAGCCCUCGCCUGGAGGCCCGUGUGCGGGACAUCGCCAUCGCCACCAGGAACACGAAGAAGAACCGGAGCCUCUACAGGAACAUCCUGAUGUAUGGGCCCCCUGGGACCGGCAAGACACUGUUUGCCAAGAAACUGGCGCUGCACUCAGGCAUGGACUAUGCCAUUAUGACGGGCGGCGACGUGGCACCCAUGGGCCGCGAAGGUGUGACCGCCAUGCAUAAGGUCUUCGACUGGGCCAACACCAGCCGGCGAGGCCUCCUGCUGUUUGUGGAUGAAGCAGAUGCCUUCCUCAGGAAGAGAGCCACGGAGAAGAUCAGCGAGGACCUCAGAGCCACUCUCAACGCCUUCCUGCACCGCACAGGCCAGCAUAGCAGCAAGUUUAUGCUGGUCCUGGCCAGUAACCAGCCAGAGCAGUUUGACUGGGCCAUCAACGACCGCAUCGACGAGAUGGUCAGCUUUGACUUGCCGGGGCUGGAGGAGCGGGAGCGCCUGGUGCGGAUGUACUUUGACAAAUACGUGCUGCAGCCAGCCACCGAGGGGACGCAGCGCCUGAAGCUGGCCCAGUUCGACUUUGGGAAGAAGUGCUCGGAAGUGGCACGGCUCACAGAGGGCAUGUCUGGCCGUGAGAUCUCUCAGCUGGCUGUGGCGUGGCAGGCCAUGGCAUAUGCUUCUGAGGAUGGGGUGCUCACGGAGGCCAUGAUGGACGCGCGCGUGCAGGACGCAAUCCGACAGCACCAGCAGAAGAUGGAGUGGCUGAAGACCGAGGGGGCGCCAUCCCCGUCCUGAGGGGCCCUAGGGCAGCCAGGGCCGUCCCCUGAUGGUCAGUGAGGCACCACAGCCGCUGAGCAGGACGCGUCCGCUCAGGGUGCCUGGGCUGGGUUGCUGCCCCCCUCCCCUGCGGGCGAUCCUGGCCGAGGCUCAGGCCUGGACUCUAGCUGGCAUCGACUCCAGCCCUCCAAGGACCAGAACCUAAAAGAGGGUUGAGCAGGGCAGGCCCCCGGAGCUGCCGCUGCUGGAUGACUGGGCUCCCCCAAGCGCGUGCACCCCGCGGUCCAGGGGUGUCUCACGCAUCCCUGUCGGCUGGUGCUGAGACUGGGCCGGGGACAUGAGCGCCCGGGCGGACCCGAGCCUCGAGCAAAACCUAAUAAAACGUUGUCCGAG